AUGAUGGUAUAUGACGCUCGGAAAACUCUCGCCGUCUUCGUUCUAUACUGGAUCACCACAGAAGAUGGUCACAAGUAUCACCUCAACUCCAACGCGGGGCUCCGCGGAUCAGCCAUGCUGGGCUCCUUUGUGUCCUUCAACGAUCUCGGGAACCGAAGCGCACGAGGUGGUUCGAUCCUGGAAUCGGGAUCCGGAAGCUCCGAGUAUCUCAAAAUGCAAAGCGCGACCCAGACUGUUGUUGGUCCCACGACCGGGGACAAGUGGACCGGUACACGUCUGACGCUGGAUCUCGUCGGUAUCAAGCUGGACGUCACGUUCCGGCCAACAGGCGGCAACUUUUACUACGGCGGAGGCGGUGGCAUUCAGCUCACCAACAGGGGCCCCGACCCCACGCGAAUCCGACCACCCGCCUGA